CAACGACUUGGUCAGCUGACCCUGGGUGUGGUCAUGUGACCUCGCAGCAUAAAGCCGUACAGCGCGGAGUCGUCACACACUCACGCUCCAACAAUGGGCCGGUCAGCCGCCGCAGCAGCCUCUUCUUUACUUUUUGUAUUCGCCUUCAUCGUCAGUAAAGGGCUCUGCAGCCCCCUGGCAGGUAAAGAAGUCUGGAACUAUGUGGAGGUGAGAGACGGGGCCCACAUGUUCUGGUGGCUGUAUUAUGCUGACAGCCAGUCUGGAGGCUACAAGGACCUGCCUCUGGUCAUGUGGCUGCAGGGAGGACCAGGAGGAUCAGGAAGUGGCUUUGGGAACUUUGAAGAGAUUGGCCCUUUGGACAGAGACCUGAAGCGCAGGAAAACAAGCUGGGUCCAGGCAGCCAGUGUGUUAUUUGUCGACAACCCCGUGGGCACCGGCUUUAGCUACACUGACAGACCGGACCGCUAUGCUACCGAUGUGGCCACGGUGGCCUCAGACAUGCUGGUGCUGCUCCAACGCUUCUUCAAAGAGAGGCCUGAGUUCCAGAGCAUCCCCUUCUACAUCUUCUCUGAGUCAUACGGAGGGAAGAUGGCAGCUGCUAUCUCUUUGGAGCUCACCAAGGCUGUGGCAAAAGGGAAGGUGAAAUGCAACUUUGCUGGUGUGGCGCUUGGGGACUCUUGGAUUUCACCACUGGACUCUGUCAUGACCUGGGGGCCGUACCUCUACACUACUUCUCUGCUGGAUGAUUACGGCCUGGCGGACGUCAGCAGUGCAGCGGACGCGGUGAAGAAAGCCGUGGAGCAGCAGCAGUUUGAGAAAGCCACGGAGCUGUGGUCUGUGACCGAGUCUGUGGUGGAGCAGAACACCAACGGAGUCAACUUCUACAACAUCCUCACUCAGGAUCCAGAUGACAGAGUCACCGCCUUGGCAGGAGAAGACUACACCUCUCUGCAGGCACGUCGGCAUAUUCGACCCCUCCACAGACAAUCACUGAGCCAGCUGAUGAACGGACCAAUCAGGAAGAAACUGGGCAUCAUCCCCCAGAAUGUCACCUGGGGAGGCCAGGCGGAGCAAGUCUUCAGCAACAUGGCAGGAGACUUCAUGAGACCAGUGGUGGACAUAGUCGACCAGCUGCUGUCUGCUGGAGUCAACGUCACGGUCUACAACGGUCAGCUGGAUCUCAUCGUGGACACCAUGGGUCAGGAGCUGUGGGUGAAGCGGCUGAAGUGGGAGGGUCUGCCUGGAUUCAACCAGCUGAGGUGGACCGCCCUGGAUGAUCCCGCUGCCCCGGGUGUUACUGGAGCUUUCUACAAAACCUACAAGAACUUUGCCUUCUACUGGAUCCUUAAAGCUGGUCACAUGAUUCCCUCAGAUCAGGGCCCGAUGGCCUUGCAGAUGUUGAAGAUGAUCACCCAGCAGGACUGAUCUUACCGUUCUGAUGCCAGCUGGGAUGGCUCUGACAAUCACAAUGAUCAAAUGAUCUUUUUUU